AUGACUACACCACUAUCGAGUUAUUCAACUACCGUUACCAAUCACCAUCCUACAUUUAGUUUUGAAAGUCUAAACUCAAUAUCUAGUAACAAUUCAACAAGAAAUAAUCAAUCGAAUAGUGUAAACAGUUUAUUAUAUUUCAAUUCCAGUGGUUCAAGUAUGGUGUCAUCAUCGUCAGAUGCUGCGCCCACGAGUAUUUCCACAACCACGACUUCAACAACUUCCAUGACAGGUGCAAGUGCCAAUGCUGACAAUCAGCAAGUGUACACCAUCACUGAGGAAGACAGUAUCAAUGAUAUCAAUCGAAAGGAGCAAAACUCAUUUAGCAUACAACCAAAUCAAACACCAACAAUGUUACCAACCUCAUCUUACACCUUACAAAGACCACCGGGUUUGCACGAGUACACGUCAUCGAUAUCUUCAAUUUCAUCAACAAGUUCCAACUCCACAUCAGCACCAGUAUCCCCUGCUUUAAUAAAUUACUCACCAAAGCAUUCUCGAAAACCCAAUUCUUUGAACUUGAACCGAAAUAUGAAAAAUCUAUCAUUAAACUUGCAUGACUCAACAAACGGUUACACUAGUCCUUUACCCAAAUCAACAAAUUCAAAUCAACCAAGAAGUAAUUUCAUCAUGGAUUCACCCAGCAAAAAAAGUACUCCUGUUAAUCGUAUAGGCAACAAUAAUGGAAAUGAUUACAUAAAUGCUACCUUAUUGCAAACACCAUCGAUAACGCAAACACCAACCAUGCCACCCCCAUUAUCACUUGCUCAAGGUCCACCUAGUAGUGUAGGAUCUGAAUCAGUAUAUAAGUUCCCACCAAUAAGUAAUGCUUGCUUGAACUAUUCAGCUGGUGAUUCUGAUAGUGAAGUUGAAUCAAUGUCUAUGAAACAAGCAGCAAAGAACACCAUUAUACCGCCAAUGGCUCCACCAUUUGCUUUGCAGUCAAAAUCAUCUCCACUUUCCACUCCUCCGAGAUUACACAGUCCAUUGGGUGUAGACAGAGGUUUACCUAUAUCAAUGUCUCCUAUACAAUCAUCGCUCAAUCAAAAGUUCAACAAUAUAACACUACAAACACCUUUGAACUCUUCAUUCCUGAUAAAUAAUGAUGAGGCAACAAAUUUCAACAACAAAAAUAACAAAAACAAUAAUAACAAUAGUACUGCCACUACCACUAUCACUAAUACCAUCUUAUCAACUCCACAAAACGUGAGAUACAAUUCUAAGAAAUUUCACCCUCCUGAAGAAUUACAAGAACUGACAUCAAUAAAUGCAUAUCCAAAUGGGCCAAAAAAUGUGUUGAACAAUUUAAUUUAUUUGUAUUCAGAUCCAGCUCAAGGGAAAAUAGAUAUCAAUAAGUUUGAUUUGGUGAUCAAUGUGGCCAAAGAAUGUGACAACAUGUCUCUACAGUAUAUGAAUCAAGUUCCCAAUCAAAGGGAAUAUGUGUACAUUCCAUGGUCACAUAAUUCGAACAUCUCAAAGGAUUUGUUUCAAAUAACCAACAAGAUUGAUCAAUUUUUCACUAAUGGACGUAAAAUAUUGAUUCAUUGUCAAUGUGGAGUAUCGCGAUCAGCAUGUGUUGUUGUAGCAUUUUAUAUGAAGAAAUUCCAAUUGGGAGUUAAUGAAGCUUAUGAAUUAUUAAAGAAUGGUGAUCAAAAAUAUAUUGAUGCCUGUGAUAGAAUAUGUCCUAAUAUGAAUUUAAUUUUCGAAUUGAUGGAAUUUGGUGAUAAAUUGAAUAACAAUGAAAUAAGCACCCAACAACUAUUAAUGAAUAGUCCACCUACUAUUAAUUUAUAG